UUGAUAAACUUUGUUACCAAAUCUCCAGGAAUCGCAGUGAGUUACACAUUGUGUUUUGCGUACGUUUUUUCUCCGACAACAAAUUUAUUCAGCAAUGUUGGUAUACGUGAAAGUAUUUUGGGAAAGAAGUCAUUUUAUCCAUCUACUUACAAUCCCAUGAAUAGUGGAUGCAAGUGUUCUACAAUCUAUGACCCUGUAUGCGCAUCAAACAAUAAAUCCUAUUACAAUCCUUGCUACAUUAAGUGUGAGUCCGGUAACAACACGAUUAAAGUUAAAUAUUUUGGAAAGUGCUUACCGUUUUAA